AUGCACGACGUGAAAGCCGGCUGUCGUCUUACUGUCCAGCUGUUCAUUGUCAGGAGAGCGAUCGAAAUCUGGCAGCAGUAUUCGAAGCCAAUGCAAUUAGCCUUUCUGGACUUUGAAGCCGCUUUCGAAUCUCCUCAUCGAGGCUGUCUUCUCAACGCGCUCCGCGCCAAUGGAAUACCAGGAAAGUUCGUUCGCUUGCUUGAUGACAAGAAUCAACGAACAACAGCUCAGUUCGAACACCAGCAGAAUGUACAACACCAUUUCAGAAGGAGUUUUAAAAAGUUUGUCGGGUUGGAGCUGGAAGAGGCCACCUGGCGGAAAACGGAAGUUCUGGUCUUUGGAGGUAGUGAAAGAGAACCUGAGAACACUUGGCGUGGAGGGGCAGUUCAAGCGGAACCUUGGCGCUUGGAGCGUAAGCAACGAAUAUUGCAAAAGUUGGUUCGAUCCAUAUCUUGUGAUCCGUGGAUGCGGGUAUUGCUUGCCAGGCGUUCGAAAGGAUCUAUCUUCGUUGUCACACUCUUUUUGACAAGUAAACUAUGUCGCCUCAUCUCGGUGGGUCCGAUGACUGUCGUGCUUGACCUUCUUGGAUUGCGUCAUCAGUUCUUCAAUGGUCGCUUCCGAGACAGCCGUGCUUGCCGCUUCAAAGCCGGAAACAAGAAAGAAGACGAGCCUCGCUCUGAUCGACCGACUGCAAUAUCGUCCGACGAACUGAAGAAUCCGGCGGAGCAGCACUCAUGUGAAGGUGUGCGGUAUUUUGCUGCCAGUCUUGGCUGUUCGCUGUCUACCGUGAGCAAUGGACUGCGACCUCACGGAAUGCUGCUCUCCAGUAGCCGCAGAUUCGACUGGCUGGACAUCAUUGUCACUGGAGAUGAAAAAUGGGUCCUCUACGUCAACCACACCCACAAAUGUGUGUGGUGCGCUGGCGAUGAAAUGCCGGAUACUUUCGUGAAAGGUGAAAUCCAUGAGAAGAAGGUCAUGCUGAGCGCCUGGUGGGGAGUUCAUGGAAUCUACCGUUUCGAACUGCUGCCGGACAACACGACGAGCUCGGAUGAGAAGUUCUACCGCAUCACCGUACAGCCCGGACCUGGCUCCGAGCGACUACCACCUCUUGCGAUUGCUUCAGCGAUAUCUGGAAUAAAAGCACUACGAUGA